CAAAAACCUUCACCCUCCCCUCCAUCUACCUACUAUAGCAUGCCUGAAUGUCCAGAGAGAGGUGAUUAAUCAUCCAUCAACUACGCUCUCUUCCUCUCUUUAUUUUCCAUCUUUCUGUUUUAUUUACAAACCAGAUAUUUAUCGAGUUUAAUUAGCAGGGAUUAUCAAAACCUGGAUGAGAUAGAGAAAAAGAUCAAGCGAGAGAUCGAUCACCAUCAUGCCUCGUUAAUGGGGAGGAGGGUAGUAGCUGCUGCGAUGAUGAACAUGGUUUCUCCUCCCGGAAGCUUGAACACCGUCACUCCCUGCGCCGCCUGCAAGCUACUCCGUCGAAGAUGCGCGGAGGAAUGCCCCUUCUCCCCUUACUUCUCCCCUCACGAGCCCCACAAGUUCGCCGCGGUCCAUAAGGUCUUCGGUGCUAGCAACGUCUCCAAGAUGCUCCUCGAGGUGCCAGAGAGCCAGAGGGCAGAUGCGGCGAAUAGCUUGGUCUACGAAGCGAACCUGAGGCUGAGGGAUCCGGUGUACGGGUGCAUGGGAGCAAUCUCGGCGCUGCAGCAGCAGAUCCAGUCCCUCCAGCUGGAGCUUAACGCCGUUAGGGCCGAGAUACUCAAGUACAAAUACAGAGAAGCAACGACCAAUCUUCUCUCUCCCAAUCACGCGGCUUUAAUUUCAUCCGGCGUCGUCUCCGUUAUCUCCGCGCCAAACACGCCUGUCGCCGCCUCGCAACCGGCGCCGCAGCUGCAGAUUCAGCAGCACCAACAACAUCCGCCGCAGGCGCCGGCGACUCCUACUCCAAACAGCUGCCAUAACGCUUCUGCUGCUGCUGGUCCACAGCCGACGCCGCCGCCUCCGCCGUCGAUUGUUAUAUCGUCGUCCUCGUCGUCUUCCGCUUCUUCUCUAUACGCGCCGGCGACGAAUAGCGCGACAGGUUAUAGCUCGAUUAGAGCCGGGGAUCACAACGGCGUGCCGUACUUUGAUUAAUUUUUGUUUCUAAUUAUUAUUAAUUUAAGGAGAAGCUUCUUGGAUCUGCUUUUGUUCUGAUCUGAGUUUUUGGUGCUGCUAAUUAAUCACCAUUACGAUCAUGAUUAAAAUCGUUUCUGCUGAUGAACUACUUUUUUUGGGAUGUCCAGUUCG